CUUCCUCUCUGUCUCUGUUUCUCUCAGACUGAAGAGCACAAGACGGAACAGGAUGCAGGCUAUCAAAUGUGUUGUCGUGGGAGAUGGAGCUGUGGGGAAAACAUGUCUUCUCAUCAGCUACACAACCAAUGCCUUCCCCGGGGAGUACAUUCCUACAGUAUUUGACAACUACUCAGCUAAUGUGAUGGUGGACAGCAAGCCAGUCAACCUGGGCCUCUGGGAUACAGCUGGACAGGAAGACUACGACAGGCUUCGCCCACUGUCCUACCCACAGACGGAUGUUUUUCUGAUCUGUUUCUCUCUUGUGAGUCCAGCGUCAUAUGAGAACGUCAGAGCUAAGUGGUACCCAGAGGUUCGCCACCAUUGCCCCUCAACUCCAAUCAUCCUGGUGGGCACCAAGCUGGAUCUGAGGGACGAGAAGGAUACCAUCGAGAAACUGAAGGAGAAGAAGUUGUCUCCCAUCACCUACCCUCAAGGCCUGGCUCUGGCUAAGGAGAUAGACUCAGUGAAAUACCUGGAGUGCUCAGCUUUGACCCAGCGUGGCUUGAAGACUGUGUUUGAUGAGGCCAUCCGCGCUGUACUGUGCCCCCAGCCUACCAAGGUUAAGAAGAAGCCCUGCUCACUGCUGUAAUUAUUCCCACAGGACCAGAGAGAACGAGAGACCGCUGACCCUGGGUUUAAAGAAGAUUCUAAAACUAUGUAAUGUUUCUACAAGAAGACAGCAAAUGCAUUCACCAUAGUUGUGUAAAAAAAAAAAUACCAAUGUUUAGUUUUCCAGUGAUAACAAAAUUGUAGCAAACCUAUGCACACAACACACUCUGAGAUAGUGAAGCCGCUUUAGGCAAGUUCAGAUUUUUUUUCUGUGAAAAUCUGAAUAUACAGGUUAAUGUAGAUUCUAGAUACAACAGACUGUUCAGCUUAAAACUGUUUGAUCAGGAGCAGGAUGCUGGCAUUAUGCAAUGUAUCAAAAACUAAACAAUGUAUGGAACUGUAUGGGAGUUGUACCUGUUAUUGACUGUAAACAUAAGGUGGCAAUAAUAGCGUGUCUUAUAUCAUAUUUUAAGAGGAAUGAACAAUGGCAAUGCAUACAUCAUGAUAGAUAAGGAUAUGGAAUGUACUUUUGUGUGUGCAGGGAGAUGAACAAUGUUUUAUUUGAAUAACGUUUAUAAGCAACUGUAUUAUUUGUCGUAAUAUUGGAAUAAAAGAUUUCUGAUUACGUGAAA